AUGGGACGCCGAUCGAUAAACACCACCAAGAGUGGUAAAUACAUGAACCCGACGGACCAAGCCCGCAAGGAAGCUCGCAAGAAGGAGCUGAAAAAGAACAAAAAGCAGCGUCAAAUGGUCCGGGCAGCGGUUCUGAAAGGAAAGGAUCCCGCCCAGCUAAUCGAAGAGAUGGAAAAGAUCGACGAGAUGGAGUUCAACGUGUACCAGCCGUCGCCCUUGAACGAGAAGGUGCUAAAGGAGAAACGCAAAAAGCUGAAGGAAACGCUCGACCGUGUGAUGCGGCUCUACCAGGCGGAUGAUCCGGAGCUGUGGGCGGACUUGAAGCGCAAAGAGGUGGACUACGAGAAGCGUCGCAACAAGCGCAUACAGUACUACGAAAGCGUGCGGCACGCGGAACAAGUACAGGUAGAUGACAUCCCAUUGCCGUCGGCUACCGAAACACCGACGCCACUAUCCAUCCCCCGGAUACCGAUGCCACCGAGUAUGAUGGCUCCCAGCAUUGCACCACCAUUGCGCAGCAUUCCUCCACCAAUGCCGCUGCUGAAAAAGCCAGUUCAAAAUCCCGUGGAACCAACGGAACCCGUAGACGAUGACGAUGGAAUCCCGGGAUGCCCACCCGGGCCACCACCGGACCUGUUCGAUAUGCCCGAGCUGGAUUUCGAUUUGGAGAACUUCCGCGCGGAAACCCAGAAGAACGUAAAGUUCUACGAUGACGGUGAUUCGAAGGAAAAUACGGAGGAUUCGGAUGGCGGCGAGAAGCAGGUGAAACAACCUAACACCGUGCAGCAAAAGAUGCUCGCCCUAUCGGGGCAGAACAUCGACGACUUCAUGAAGGAGAUGGAAAACGUACAGAAGAAGAAGGAACACGAUGCGACGUCGCUCGCUUCCAUCCCGACACCGUCAGUUCCCCCGUUACCAAAUCCAGCACCGGCGCCGGACGCUGCCAUGCCCAAGUUUAUGCCGAUGCCAUCGUCCAUCCCGAUACCGACUCCACCGGCACCGAUGCAGCCACUAAUGAUGAGGCCACCGCCUCUGCGACCACCGGGAAUGGGGGGCAUGCCAGCUGGUCUUCGGAUGCCGGGUCGACCUGGCAUACCGGGAGGUCCUCCUCCGGUCAUGCCGCCACGAAUGGGCAUCCGUAUGCCUCCGGGACCACCAGCGGGACCUCCGCCGAAGCACAUCCAGCAGCAGCGUAACAUGCAACUACACCAGCAGGCCCAACAACAGCAGAUGCUGCUCCAGAAAGACCCCAAAAGCGCCACCAUCUCGGCAAAGCCACAAAUUCGCAAUCUCAGUGCCGACGUCACGCGGUUCGUGCCGAGCGCACUGCGAGCGAAGAAGGAUGAGGUGCGGAAAGCGAAACCACCGGCGAGACCUGUGCAUGACCACCAUCACGAUCCGCGUGUGGUGGCCACAGAUCCGGCGAAACCGACGAAGGACGACGCGUACCUACAGUUCAUGCGCGAGAUGGAGGAUUUACUGUAGUGUGG